AUGGUGUGCCUGCAGCGCGGCUUCGAGGACUACUUCGUCCCCUCGGACGAGCGCCUCGUCGCGGUCGUCGCGCUCGAGGCGCUUCCGACCUCCGCGCGUCUCCUCCUCGCGAGGACGACGUCGCUCGCGCGGCUCUUCGCCGCGCUGUUCGCGUACUACGUCGGCGUCAUAGCCGCGAUGCGCAACGCGGAGUUCGUGGGCAGCGCGGUGCGUCUCGCCGCGCGGGCUCCGACGCGUCGUCGUCGUCGUCGUCGUCGUCGUCGUCGUCGUCGUCGUCGUCGUCGUCGUCGUCGUCGUCGUCGUCGUCGCCCGCCCUCCCUCUCCAAACACACCGACCCGCCCCCGUCUUCGCUUCGCGCGCAGGUCGUCGCGCUGAUACAAACGGCCGCGCUCGCGCGAUGGAGCGUCGCGCCGGAGUCGCGCACGGUGGCGCACGCGGCGCACGCGCGCUCCGCGAUGACGCUGUUCCUGUGCCUCGCCGUCGCGAAAGCGUACGCGUCGCUCUACGUCGCCAACGAGCGGUGCUUCGACGACGACGACGACGACGACGGCGGGCGACGGCCAUCGCGGUGCGGGACGAUGCGGUGGGUGAACGUCGGCGUCGUGGGCGCGCACGGGUACCUCACAUACGUCGCGAUGCUCGUGUAUCAGAGGCUGACGCAUCACUACGCGCACGCCGCGGCGGCGGCGGCGGCGGCGGCGGCGGAGGGGGGAAAGCGCGCGCCUCUCGAGACGGCGAUUGGCGCGGACGCGGAGACGGCGACGGGCGACGCGCCGUCGCCGAUCGACACGCACGUCAUCGCGGACGACGACGACGACGCGAAGGGGUGGUGGUCGCGCGCGAUGAGGAUGAGGUGGAGCGCGCGCGGCGGGUGA